AUGGGCCCUUUCGCGCCCAGCCUCGCAUUGGCCGGCUCUCGGCUGUCCGCCCUUCCGACCGGACUCGUAGCUGGACCCACGCGUCUGCAAGCGAUGGACGAAACGGAGGACACUUUGUCGGAUCCGACCAAUCCAGACUGCCCGUUUGCUCGACUCCUGCCAGCGGGUGGCGCCAGUGCCCUCGUGCGGCUCAGCCGCUUGCCGGCAGAGACGAAGCGCAAGGAACUGCACGCAUUCCUCGGCUCAGACGACAUGGCCAAAAUAUACCGAAUGAAGCGAAUGGUAAGCAAUUACUUUCUAACAAAAAAGCAGACAGCCAAUGCAUAA